GUCGCAGGGAAGGAGCGGUGGCAAGCAUGCCCUUGUCUGCGUUUUUGUCAAGGGACAAGUCCGCUCCUCACCAGGAUUUGGACUGGGCACUCUCUGAAGUAGAGAAAACACUCUGCAGACAUUUCACAAGGAUUGUGAUCAGAGGGAAAAGAGGUAGACCGGUUCCAAUUCUCGUGACUCAGAAAAUGGUGAAUGCAUUGGAACUCCUGGUUUUAGAGAGAAAGGCAUGCGGGGUUCUCGAAGAGAAUGGCUACAUGUUUGCAAGACCAGCAGCUAAAACGCAUUUCCGUGGCUCAGAUUGUCUUCGUGCUUUUUCAGGAGCAUGUGGUGCAACGUGUCCCAAGGCACUGACUUCCACCAGGCUACGGAAACAUGCUGCAACACUCUCAACAGUCCUCAACAUGACAGACACAGAGAUGGACCAGUUGGCCAACUUUCUUGGGCAUGACAUUAGAGUCCAUCGUGAGUUCUAUCGACUACCUGAGAAAACACUGCAGCUUGCCAAGGUCAGCAAACUUCUAAUGGCCCUCGAGCAAGGAAGACUGGCCGAGUUCCAUGGCAAGAACCUGGAUGAAAUCACCAUAGGUCCAGAUGACACAGUUCUUUGUCAUGAUGAGACCGAUGAGACGGAUGAGACCAGAGAAGGACACUAUUCAUCUCAAGAGUCUUUGGCAGAAGAGACUCUUCCACCUACAGAGGAAAAUGACAUCCCACCACUACACAAGAGACACAAACUAUCAUCAGCAGAGGAUGACAGCGUUGGAGCUGUGACACCUGUUGAAGAGGCGAGGAAUAAAGUCCCAUCAACAAGCAAGAGAAGCAAGCCACCAUCAGGAAAGGAUGACGGACUCAGAGCUGUGACGUCUGUCAAAGGUAAAUCUACUCAAAAAAGAACAUGGCAGGAGGAAGAGGUAAAAGCUGUUGAAAGGAACAUGAAGCAGUUUAUCACUUCUUGCAUUGUACCAACAAAGAAUGACUGUGAGAAAUGUUUAAGGGCGGAGCCUGCAGCUCUUAAGAACCGUGACUGGCAAACGUUGGAAUAUUAUGUGUAUAACCGCAUCACAGCCUACAAAAAGAAAGUCCAGCGUAAUUUGUAAGGUGAUGACAAAUGAAAAGGCUGGUUCUGAUGUUGUAUUGUUUAUUUUCACUGUUGGCUUUAAUUCUGGCUUUAACUCUGUUCAUUAAACAGUGGACAUCUUCAAUUUGAUUAGGAGUUGGCCCUUAUUGAUAUUCAUUACUAAGGACUACAUCACAUGAAGGGGUGAUGAUGUCGAAUCCAACAU